AUGACCUGGGGUUCCUUUGCAGCCCUGCUUCUGCUGCUGGUGGCAGCUCCCCUGAGAUUGAGUCAGCAUCUGCACCCCAAGCCUGGCCUUGGAUACAGCUACAACUGCGGGGUGCAGGGUAUGCAGCUGCUGGUGCUCCCCAGGCCAAACCAGACUAUCCGAUUCAAGGUUCUGGAUGAAUUUGGGAACCGGUUUGAGGUGGAUAAUUGCUCUAUCUGCUACCACUGGGUCAUCUCUGAGCCCCAGGAGCCUGCAGUGUUCUCAGCUGGCUACAAAGGCUGCCACGUGCUGGAGAAGGAUGGGCGGUUCCACCUGAGGGUGUUCGUGCAAGCUGUGCUACCCAAUGGUCAAGUGGAUAUGGCACAAGAUGUCACUCUGAUCUGUCCCAAAGCAGACCACAUUGGGACUCCGGACCCCUACCUGGCUCCCCCCACCACACCUCAGCCUUUUACACCUCAGCCUUUUGACCCCCGCCCCAAUUCUGGCCACACCUUGGCAGAGUCUGGCCACACUCUUCUCAGCACAUUGUACGCAGAGCACAGUUUCAUAAAUGCAACUCCUCCUCCACCAUCCCCGGGACCCAGACCUGCUGGGCCCACUGUGCAGCAUCCCCAGUGGGGCACCUUGGGACCCUGGGGAUUACCUAAGCUGGAUUUUGUAGGUACACAUCUGCCCCAGGAGCAGUGUCAGGUAGCCUCUGGCCACAUCCCCUGCAUGGUAAAAAGUAGUUCCAAGGAAGCCUGUCAGCAGGCUGGCUGCUGCUAUGACAACACCACAGAAGUGCCCUGUUACUACGGCAACACAGUCACUCUCCAGUGUUUCCGAAGUGGCUACUUCACUCUGGUCAUGUCCCAAGAAACAGCCUUGACCCACAGGGUCAUGCUGAACAAUGUCCACCUGGCCUAUGCCUCCAAUGGAUGCCCCCCUACCCAGAAGACAAGUGCUUUCAUGGUCUUUCAUGUCCCCCUCACCCUCUGCGGAACAACAAUCCAGGUGGUUGGGGAGCAGCUCAUCUAUGAGAACCAGCUGGUGUCUAACAUUGAUGUCCAAAAGGGGCCGCAGGGUUCCAUCACUCGGGACAGUGUCUUCCGGCUUCACGUUCGCUGUAUCUUCAAUGCCAAUGACUUCCUGCCCAUCCAGGCUUCUAUCUUCUCGCCCCAAUCACCUGCCCCUGUGACCCAGUCUGGACCCUUGCGGCUGGAGCUGAGGAUUGCCAAGGAUAAGACUUUCAGCUCCUUCUAUCAGGAGAACGACUACCCCAUUGUGAGACUGCUCCAGGAACCGGUCCACGUGGAGGUCCGUCUCCUGCAGAGAACAGACCCCAGCCUGGUCCUGGUGCUACAUCAGUGCUGGGCCACUCCCACUGCCAGCCCCUUCCAGCAGCCCCAGUGGCCUAUUCUGUCAGAUGGGUGUCCCUUCAGAGGUGACAACUACAGAACACAAAUGGUGGCCUUGGACAGGACAGAGCUGCCUUUCUGGUCACACUACCAGCGGUUCACCGUUGCCACCUUCACUCUCCUUGACUCCAGUUCCCAGAAUGCCCUUAGGGGACUGGUCUAUUUCUUCUGUAGUGCCUCUGUCUGCUACCCUGAGGGGCCCGAGGCAUGCUCUACUAUCUGUGACUCUGGGAUGCCAAGGCACCGCCGAUCCUCUGGUCACAAUGGCACUAUCCGGGCCUUGGACAUUGUGAGUUCUCCAGGAGCAGUGGGCUUUGAGGACGCUGCUAAACUCGAGCCUUCAGGCUCCACCAGGAACUCCAGUUCAAGACCCCUGCUCUGGGUACUCCUCCUGCUGGCUAGCACCCUUGUCCUGGGGGCUGGUGUCUUUGUGGGGCUGAGCUGGACCUAG